AUGCCUUCUCUUCCGUUUGGCUAUGUGUACGAUGAACGAAUGCUGGAGCACAAAUGCAAUUAUGAUGACACAAUGGCAGAACGUCCUGAACGAAUGGCUCUUAUUUAUGAAAGACUGGUCAACGAUGGGCUGCUAAAGGACGCUGUUAAGAUUGAUGCCCGUGAGGCUACUGAUGAGGAGCUCAUGCUGGUUCAUCCAAGUGACCUCAUAGAUGACCUAGAAUCUCUCAAAACAGAUGAAGAAUGCGAAGAGUAUUGCAGAGACAAGGAGAUUCUAUGGCUUUGUCCUGAAAGUGCUAAAGCAGCACGCGUCGCAGCCGGAGGAACAAUCGAACUCGUCAAAGCGAAUAUUGAGGGAAGGGUGGGGAAUUCGUUCGCCAUAGUUCGACCUCCUGGACAUCAUGCAUUCGGUAGAACUCCUCAAGGUUACUGUGUGUAUAAUAAUGUGGCCAUAGCAGCGAAAUAUGCCGUAGACAGGCUGAAGCUCCAAAAGGUGGCAGUUGUGGAUUUCGAUUACCAUGCUGGGAAUGGCACGCACUAUUGUCUGAGAGACGAUCCACGAUUACAUUUCACAUCAUUUCACUCGUAUCACCAUGGAGCCUUCUGGCCUUGGAAGGAUGAGUUCGAUUUCUCCACAGAAUACGAUAAUACGCUGAUGUUUCCAUUGAAUGGAGCGAUGAAUACAGAAAACGACUUUGUCAGCGCUUUUCAUCACCUUCUAAUCCCGAUGCUCAAAGAAUGGAAACCCGAGCUAAUUAUCGUUUCGGCUGGAUUUGAUUCGGGCUACUACGACAUCAUGUUAGAAGACGGUCAAGGAAUAAAAGCUCAUGGAUUUGGCCACAUGGUGCGACUACUCAAUACAGUAUGCCCAAACCGUGUUGUGGCCGUGCUUGAAGGUGGAUAUUUCCCUGCCAAUUAUACCGAAUCAGCAUCUAUGAUGGUUCGCGGUUUGAAGGGUCUUCCACUGCCCCAUCUCACUUUUGACAGAAUUUCACCAGCAUUCAAAGAAACUCUAUGGAAUAACAUCGUACAUCACUCACAUCGAUAUCAUUCUAUAAAGCAAUGGUUGGAGAAACUUCAAGCUAAUCAGGUAAAGAAAAUUCAGUAA